AUUGGUUUGUAAUCACAGAAAUGCUUGAGCACGACAUCUCACACCAAACAGGAGGAAAUGAGACGCCCUGACCAGCUUUAAUAAACCAGACAGUCGAGAUGAAGACGGCGAACGCUUGUUGGAAACCAUGAGGCAUGACGUACUGUUGUGGCCCAAUGCGGACACAGUUGCAGGGAAGAGAUUGAAUGUUGCUAAAGUCUCAAGGCUUUGAGCCUUUUGGACUGCUGCUAUGACCAGUCAGAGUGGCAGCAAUGUGGACUUGUCUGGUCCCCCGUCCUCCUCCUCCUCGCCUUCAUUCCACCGGUCAUCUCCAGGCCCAAAGCUACAUGUACAGCGCUCACUCUCCCGUGACACAAUCACCAUCCACUUCUCAACCCAGGGCAAGGAGGAGGAAGAGGAGGAUGAAGAACUCUAUGGGCUGGCCGUCUCUUCCUCAGGUCUGGAUGUAGAUGAUCAGGGUAUAGUCACAGCUUUAGAAGCCAGUGAGGAGUUGCUGUUUGAGGCCACAGAAACAGAACCAGGUUCCGGGGUUCACCCUGUGUCAUCUGCAGUGGAAUCAUUUCCAAAGAUCAGCCAUACAUUUAGUUCAGCCCUAGCCAUCCAGCCAUCGUCUACCACCACUACCUCUGUUUACAGUCCCGGUAGUUCCUCCUGGCCAUCAGAACCCUGGCCCCAACCCACCAAACCUGCCACCAGCUCUGCUUCUUCAACCUGCUCUCCAGUCAAGUCCACAUCUGUCCACUCAAAGCCCUUUCUCAGCCUGGUUAGGUCGCUCUCCACCGAUGUGGAACCUCGUGAAAGUGCCCCCUCAGCACCUUCCCCUCAACCUAUGAGACAUCGGCAUCUGAUGAAAACGCUGGUCAAGUCUUUGUCAACUGACACUGCCCGCCCCGGUCAGGAAACCCAACGUCCACCUGAUUCCCGUCGUAACCUGCAUCUCUUCAAACCUUUUGCCCAACCUCGUGUCCCCACCACUGCCGCCGGUGACUCUAAGACAGCCCCCUCUUCACCUGUUGCCUCACCUGAUGGCCGUUCCUUUUUCAAGGUUCAGGAAGUUGAGGCACGUAUUGAAGAUACCAAACGCCGUCUCUCUGAGGUGAUGAGCGAGCACCUUCAGCUCUUCAGCAAGAUCAUUGGUGAGGAGGGAGGAAGCACUACAGCUGGGACAGUGGGGGUAGCUCACCAUCCCAAAAAUCUCUCCUCUAGUGCCUCAGAACUCACGAACUUGGCCACCCUCAAUGGCCACUUAGAGGACAAAAAUGACUACUGCAUCAAGGAGGAAGAUGACCUGGAGGGUGACAGUCCACCAGGAAAACCAAUUUCCAAGUCACCUUCUCUAGGCCUGGACAGGUGUUUUAUGUCAGCGCUUGCUAGGCAGGAAGAUGAAGAGUUCUGUGAGCUCUACAGUGAAGAUUUCGAGCUCUGCACAGACACGGAGGCUGAAUGUGACCUCGCUGACUCAGCUCGACUCCAUCGGACAAGCACAGCAGGCAGCGAGGAACCAACUGAGGGGGGUGAAGAGGAAGAGGAGGAGGAAGAACAGGCUCCGAGCGUACCGCACCAUGGACUUUUCCUCAUCAUUUCUAUUGUAUAUGGCUAUUUUGUGCUGCCAUUGCCAACAUACCUAGGUGGAGUUUUGUUAGGAGUAGCUGCUGGUUUCAUGCUAGCAAUACUAGUGGUGUGGCUCUCAGCCCCCCGUCGCUCUCGCUGGGGUCCUCGAUUCAGCCGAUGUAAAAAGGAACGUUGGAAUGGGGUCCCUCUGGACAUCAAAGAACCAGCCAUCUAUAAGGGCUGGAUGAACGAGAUCUACAGCUAUGACCCAGAGACCUACCAUGCCACUCUCACCCAUUCAGUAUACGUGCGUCUCGAAGGCUCUGUUCUGCGCCUUUCCAAACCCAACCGCAAUGUUCCUCGCCGUGCCUCCUUUAAUGAGCCAAAACCCGACAUCACCUACAUCAGCCAGAAGAUCUAUGACCUAACCAACAGCAAGAUUUACCUGGUACCCCACAGCCUGGCCAGGAAACGUGUGUGGAACAAAAAAUAUCCUAUCUGCAUUGAGCUGGCCAAACAGGACGACUUCAUGUCCAAAGGAGACCGAGCUGAAUUUGAGGAGGAAAAAGUCUUUGCCUCCGGAGAAGGCACAGAGGGGGUAGGAGGUAGUGAGGAAACAAGGCGCUGUUCCACAGAUCCCGUCUUGUACCUGUUUGGUAGGACAGGCAGAGAGAAAGAAGAGUGGUUCAGGAGGAUGCUGCUGGCCUCCAGGCUGAAAGCUGAGAUCAGGAAGCCCACUGGCCCGACUGCUUCUUCGAUCCCCUCAUGUGGCAGUUGCAGCAGCCAAUCAGGCGCACAAUUGUCUUGUAGUUGCAGCAGUUGUCAGGGCGAUCUGGAUGAUGUGAUGCAGUCCAAACCACGGCAGAAAGAUGCCAGACAAAAAGAACUGGACUACAACGUCUACAUGGCGAAGUAUAUCAGGCACUCUUCAGAAAGCCCUACUGCCAGCAAUCCUCACAGUACAGACAGCAGUCCACGAAGCGUAAAGAAGUUUCCAGACGACCUCGGCACAGAUGCUGAGUCUGAGGCCUGGGUCAACGCCCUAUUGGGUCGCAUUUUCUGGGACUUCCUCAGGGAGAAGUACUGGGCCGACGUGGUUUCCAAAAAGAUCCAAAUGAAGCUGAGUAAGAUCAGGCUGCCAUACUUCAUGAACGAGUUGACACUGACGGAGCUGGACAUGGGUAUGGCCAUUCCAAAGAUCCUUAGGGCCUCCAAACCAUCUGUGGACUGUCAAGGUCUGUGGUUUGACUUGGACAUCUCUUACACUGGUUCUUUUUUGAUGACUUUGGAGACCAAGAUGAAUCUAACCAGGCUGGGAAAGGAAGGAGAGGGUUUUGGAGACCAAGGAAAAGAGGGACCACGUACAUACUGCUGCUUGGCAGACAGUGAUGAGGAGUCGUCCAGCGCUGGAUCUUCUGAUGAGGAGGAUCAAGCAGAAGUUCUUGAAAUGCCAGGGGUGGAUUGUUAUGUUGGAGGACACCGACCCAGUAAGAUCAUGCGCUUUGUGGACAAGAUCGCCAAGUCAAAGUACUUCCAGAAGGCCACUGAGACAGAGUUCAUUAAGAAAAAGAUGGAAGAGGUGUCCAACACCCCUCUGCUCCUUACUGUGGAAGUGCAGGAGUGUCAAGGCACUCUGGCUAUCAACAUUCCACCUCCCCCAACAGACAGAAUAUGGUACGGCUUCAGAAGCCCCCCUCACCUGGAGCUUAAAGCCAGACCUAAACUCGGAGAGAGGGAGGUUACUUUUGCACACGUGACUGACUGGAUUGAGAAGAAAUUGGACCAGGAGUUUCAGAAAAUCUUUGUCAUGCCAAACAUGGAUGAUUUGUGGCUACCCAUCAUGCAUUCAGCAAUGGAUACGCGGUCCGGCAUAAACUUAGCUACUGUGACAACCGAUGCCUUGAAAAAUGUGGAAUCCUCCGACCUUGAACACACUGCAGAUAACCUGUGAAGACUGCCAACAAUUUGGGGUUUCAGCCAAGGGCGUUUACAUUCUGUUCUCGGGUGGAGGCCAGAUGCUGGAAGAACGAGUGCCUCUAAAUGCAUGUUCGGAAUGCAUUAAGAUUGGAGCUGAACCAAGGAGUGUACUGAGUCAAUGAAAUCCUGUAAUACAUUACAUGAACAGGCAGUGUUUGUAAUUGCAUUUGGUUAUUAUUGUAUAAUUACUGAUGUAAAACAAUGAAUGAAUGCAGCAAAGAAGGUCAAAACUUGAUGUAACCAUACGUUACUUCUCAGUUUUUAUGGUACUUCAACAAAAUAUGAAGCGUGUUUUUAAAUUCUUAUUUAUUGAGCAUACAGGAAAUACACUUACUUACGAGCACUUCUGCCGAGGGCCAGGAAAACGUUUGACCCUAUCAAACUAUCAAAUCCUGCUAACAUUGAUGUCAAUAUCAACUCCAAACUAAAAAGUAUAUUUGCAAAUUCAUGUAUAUGCCAUACCAACAAAUGCUUUGUAAAAAUGUGCUUACGCAAGGAUAACCGCGUCUCCAACCUUCACCUGUCACUUUGUGUCAGUCAUGUCCUGUUGUUGUAUUUAUGUAAUUAUGCAAUUCAGUACUUGACUUCACUGUGCUUAAGGACACCAGCUAAUACCUUAUCUGAUCAGACAGUGUGUACAGCUUCACCUUUUUAACCAUUGCGUUUCUGGAACUGGCUACAACAAAACUAGAUGAAAUAUUGGAAUUCUACACAAGGUCCUUGUGGUGAACUGAUGUAACAUUGUGCACUAUGGAAAAACCAUCUGAAUGUGAAAACCACUGCUUAAUCUUCUCAGAUUAGUUGUUAUGGACAGUGAUGUGAUUGUACACAUUUACUAUGAGUCACAAUUUGUGUUCUUAAAUCUUUGUGUUGGUUUGUUGUUGUGAAGUUGCUUUAAUGAAGUGAAGAACAUGCUUACUAACAGCAAGGAAGUGAUGAGAUGAGCAUUUCACAGCACAGUACCACAAAGCUAGCUCAACAUACCAGCUCUCUUUAAGGUAGGCCUUUUACAAAUGACCUCAUUUUAAUUUCAUACAAUAUUCAUAAUUAUUUUGAGAUUAUAUUGUCAUAUAUAUAUACAAUUUUAACUGCUAAACCAUCUUCAACAUGACUGUAAUCUCACCACUGCCGCUCCAGUGAGGGUAAUUGCCGUUAUGUGAAUACCCCAUAGACAGGGAAUCACAUAUUCAUUCACACCUAGGGGCAUAUCAUAUUAGCUGGUCACAUGUUGGCAUGUUUCAUUAUACUCUAUACAGACAGUAACGAGUGAGAAUCUAACCCUGAAGCUAAAUUUACUGAUUGCUAAUUUGAUUAAGAAAAGUUGAAAAGUUUUAAUAUAACAUAGUAUGCUGACUAUUAAAUGACUUUAUUUAAUAUUAACCAAAAUAUGGCAAUGUUCUGCUAAUUUUAGUUCAGAAUUAAAUGAGGUGUUUGCACCUUAAUAUGAAUAAUAUUAAGCCAGUCACUUUUGCUAAAGACUAUGAAUGUUUAGUGACUGACAGGAUGCUGGACUAGUUUUGUGUAAUGAAAAUUAAAUGCCAUACACAACUGGCAACUUAUCUCAACAUUUCUAAGUGUUAAUGCACAUACACUGAAAAUGUAGAUCUCAUUACAUUUAAAAAUUAUUUUACAAAUUAAAACCUUAAAAAUAACUGAAUUACAAUUGAAAGAUCCAUUUAUGAAUUAACAGGAUUGUUAACUGUUGGUUACUGCCCUCAUGUCAAGUAGUUGAGAAAAGCACAAACUUGAGAACUAAGGAUUUCUAUCAUCGUAAUCCUUGCUCUAUAAUCAACUUAACUGAUAUAACAAAAAGACUAAAUGCAGUAAACCCUUGAGUGCUUGUAGUUUGUUGUAACAUGGUGUAAACUGUCAAGCUUAUAUUUCUGCCACUGCUUAUGUACACCUGAACAAUGUCGAAGGACGUGUGCUUGUGUAUGCCUGUUGCACUUUGUGUAAAAUUGCCAUUUCAAGUGAUUGUUUAUUCAUAGUGUGACUACAGUACUGUGUGAGGUUCAAAUGUUAAAGUUUAGUUUAUCUACCAAGUGUGUUUAUGGGUAUGGAUUGUUGUUUGCUUUUAAAAGAGCAACUUGGGUGGUAUGCCAAGAGGCCCCAGUUAUAACAAACUUUUUAUUUUGCACUGUUGCUUGGCCCGUGUAGCCAUGAGUAGGGCUCCAUAGGUUCAAAGACAGUGCCAUCAAACAAAAGACAGGAGACAUUGUAUUGUUGACAGUUUUAUUUAUUGUAUGCUGUAUAAAAUGUUAUUUACAAGA